AUGACGGGAAGAGCGGGAGAAGUCGUCGAUGUAUUACACAGAAGACAUAUAGAUGUGUGCUGCAUACAGGAGACUAGAUGGAAAGGAAAUGGGACCAGAAUGAUUGGCAAGACUAACGAAAAGUAUAAAUUCUUUUGGCAAGGAGGUAAUGAUGGUAAGGCUGGAGUUGGGGUAUUGGUUGCGGAGAAAUUAGUAGACAAAGUAGAAGUGAAAAGGCUAGACAACCAGAUAAUGGUUAUCAAGAUGAUUUUUGGUAGAAAGCUAUAUAAUAUUAUCUCGGCAUAUGUUCCUCAGGUUGGAAGAAGUGAAGAAGAGAAAGAUAUAUUUUGGGACAGUCUAUUGGGGGUGACAUCGAGACUGGCAAACGAAGAGGGGAUUAUUCUGGCUGGUGAUUUGAAUGGACAUGUGGGAGCGAGUAGUGAGGGUUAUGAAGGAGUACAUGGAGGGUUCAAUUACGGCAUGAGAAAUUUGGAAGGAGAGAGAAUUUUAGAUUUUAGUGAUGCUAUGGAUAUUAUUGUCUGUAAUACAAUGUUUAAGAAAGAAUCAGAGAAGCUGGUGACUUAUAAGUCGGGUAGUACCAUAAGUGCAGUGGAUUACCUUGGUACCGGGAGAGGAAUGUAUAAAUCAGCAUUAGUUGUAGGAGAUCUCACUCUUAAAGGUGCCAGGGUCACUAAAAGAAAGUUUGUCCCAAGGCUGAAGGUUUGGAAAUUAAAGGAGGAGAGUGCUAGACGUCAAUUCAAUAUUGCAUUGGCGAUUAGGGAGGCGGAGGUGGCACAAGCAUCUGGAGUGAAUGACAAGUGGGAAGCCAUGAAGAAAGCUUUGGUAAUGACAACUGAGGAGGUAUGUGGAUGGACAAAAGGGCCGCCUAGACAUAAGGAGACUUGGUGGUGGAACCCGGAGGUAGCGAAAGCCGUGGAUGAGAAACGGAGGUGUUUCAAAAUGGCUAAAAGAAAUGCUAAGAAAUUAAUAGCGAAGGCUCAAGAAGAAAAAAGACACGAGUUUGCUAAAGAAAUGGAAUGCGCUGAUAGAAUUGGAAAUAUGGUUCGAAUGGCAAAACAAAUGUCUGGAAGGAAAAAUGGCGAUUGA